CCAUGGGCCAAGACAUUAGAGCAGCAAGAAGCAACACCACCAUGAGGACGGGACAUUUGGCACUAAGACUCCUGGCUGUGAGCCUUUGCAUUUGGAUGACGAAUGCGGCAACCAGCACCACCGCGACAACGAGCUCCGGCACGACUACAACAACUGUUGCGGCCACCACCACGACAUCGGCGUCUGCGACAACUACAACUACAACUACAGCUGCAACUGCAACUGCAACUACAGCUGCAACUACAUCGGCGGCGACAACCGUUGCAUCCACGGGAACGGUACGUCGCAAGAAAAUCCGUAUUAGCAACCUGAAAUGGUCGUCAAAUCGCAGGAUCAAGGUUCACAGGGGCACCACUAAUAGGAGCACUCGCAGCAGAAGUGUUUCGGGCAGCCGGAUCUUGAGGUCUCGCAACGGUAGCCGUGCGCGUGUUUUGGUCUUGAACCAGCGCCGUGCUCAGGGAUAAUCCUAUUAGGAUAUCCACAUACUUGUAUCCAUCUUCGAAAGCAAUAAAAACCAAAUGUAGUGCAAUCAA